AUGCCAGCUGAAGAAGAAACAACAACUGUUACAGUGUCUGCCACCACACCAGAUUCGAUGGUUAAAGAACCAACAAAUGCUGAAACUGAAAAGUCACCCACGGCCGAACCUAUCGAAAAAACCACCGAAACAACAGAGAACGAAGAAACUCGUGAAGAAGCAAAGGAAAAUGAAGCCGAGCGAGAAGGAAGUAAAAGCAAGGAGGAUGAAAACAAGGAAAAUGUGCAACAAAACGAUUCAAAAGUUGAGAAAAAGGAAACUGACGCUGUCGAAACCAAAGGAAAAGCCGAAGCCGAUGGACAGACAGAAGGCAUUGUACUGAGGAAAAGACAAACCCCAGACAAGAAAGACAGCAAAGAUGAAGACGUUAGUCCACCAAAAAAAGUAAAAUAA